GGAGUCAGAGCUCAGAGUCAGAGUGGGAAUGCAGGGCAGUGGGAGCGCCGUCUCGUGGUGAUUAUUCGGGGCACUUCUAGAGCUGGAUUUAUGGCACGCAGCUGUUGAGUGGCUGACAGACGCGUGAGGAGCUCAAGCACUGCUGCUUCUCAAGCUGCUUGUACCAGCCCGAGCUCUGCUUACUGUUGCAUUGGAAAGAAGAGUGCUGUGCCUCAACACACGUCUCGCGACAGAUGGUGCGGGAACAGUAUGUCACCACCACCGAGGGCAGCAGCACGCCCAGGCCGGUGCCCGACCAACUCUACAAGAUUGGCAUCUAUGGCUGGAGGAAGCGCUGUCUCUACCUGUUUGUGCUGCUGCUCAUUGUCAUCCUGGUGGUCAACUUUGCCCUCACCAUCUGGAUCCUCAGGGUGAUGUGGUUCAACACGGAGGGGAUGGGACUCCUACAAGUACAUGCAGAUGGGGUUAAGCUGGAGGAGGGCGAGUCUGAGUUUCUCUUCCCUGUCUAUGCUCAGGAGAUCCACAGCAGAGAAGACUCUUCACUUCUAGUGCACUCGUCGGAAAAUGUUUCCCUUAAUGCCCGCAAUGAAAACGGUGACGUUACAGGGAGGAUAUCUGUGGGUCCAAAAGAGGCUCAGGGACACACUCGAAAUCUGCUCAUUAACUCGCACAAUGACAACAUGCUGUUCACUGCAGAUGGCGACAGGGCUGAGAUUGGGCCAGACAAACUACGAGUCACAGGUCCUGAAGGAGCACUGUUCCAGCAUUCAGUAGAGGUGCCUCAGCUGAGAUCUGAACUUUUGAAAGAGCUGAGGUUGGAGUCCCCGACUCGGUCUCUCAGUAUGGAUGCACCGAAAGGAGUUUUUAUGAAAGCUCUGGCUGGCAACAUUGAAGCUGCUUCCAACAUGGAUGUCAUUCUGCAGUCUAGAGAAGGGCUGCUGGUGCUGGAUGCUGAGACGGUGCGCAUGCCGCGCCUGCCCAAGAGCGAAGAAGGAGUUUCUGGAAAUGCUCAGGGUCUCUACGAGGUCUGUGUCUGUCCCAGCGGAAAGCUCUUCCUGUCCAAGGCUGGAAGAACUUCCACUUGCAGCGAUAAUCAGGAGUGCUAGGUAGAGUCUGACAAGGUCAUCGAUUUUUCCAUGUCUCAGAAGAUGCAUCUUCUGGGAGGCAACAAGCACAACCAUUUUUUUUUUCCCUUAAUUCUUUAUACCACAGUGGUUCUAACAGGAUCCCACUGGCACAUCGAGGCCUGUAAAAAUACAAAUGCCUAGUGGCAUACAUGAAAUGAAUUCUUUUAGUUGCAUUUAUGAACUUCUGACCAUUCAACUGAAACAAAUUGGCUCUCAGUACUAAAUUUUUUCCGCAUCAGGGCUUUGAGGAUAAUUUUUUUUUCUUUUUUAUACACACAGUGUCAUGGCUGGGCAAUGAGGAGCUGGUUACAGCUUACAUCCUAUGCAAUAUUAUCUUGUGGUGCAAUAAAUGAAAGUGACGCAUAUCAAGGGCUUGGAAAAUUUGAAAAAUAAAUCCCUGAAACAGCAACAAAGUGUUAUUGAAAUAUUUAUUUUGCUUUAUACAAUCCCUCCAAGCCCUUGGUAUGUUGUGUUUUGGUGUUUAGCAUGUAUUUAUUUAACUGGAGACAAACAGAAAUGCUGUAUAAUUUGUCUUUUUCUUUUUUUAAAAUUCAAAUUCAGAUGCAAGAUGAGGCAGCCGACUUGGUUCUCAUUUUGCCGCAGCUGCUUUACUGGGACUGAGGUCCAUAUAGCACCACAAAGUGUUACUAAUGAAGCUUCACAUGUGUGUCUACUAAAGGCACUUUGAGAGCACAUUCUCUGAUAAGGCCAAUGCCAGUGCAUUGUUUUUGCAAUUUUAAAGUGAGUGGUCUGGAUCCGCACCAAAAUGUCAUGGGUUCUUCCUUUGCCUGUGCCCCACCUCUCCACCAAAAUUGAUGGAGUCUGUCUCGGUAUUUUGUGCAUAGUCCUGCUGUCAAACAGACAGGCAGCAGCUAUCACACGCCACAUGUUGGGUUCUUUCCAGGUUUUAAAGCCACUCGUUGUUUGGCCUGUGGUAAGCAUGUAAUUAUGCAGCUACUUCCUGCUGCUAAGCUGACUUGGUCUGUUAAGAAAUUCCACUUACAGCCAGUUGACUAAUGCAUCAUAACUGCUGACCUCAGCAACAAGAAAGCAAAAACAAAACAAAAGGUUUUCAGUUCACUAUGUCAAAAAAAAACAAACAGUAUGCUGUAGUGAUAGUUGCACUGAGUUUGGCACCAGUUUAUCUUUACAUCACUGUUUUAGAACAGUUCACAUCUCAUGGCGUUGUGUUUUGGUUGUUAGUCUUGUUUAGGUAGUUCAUUUGCAAUUUUGAGAUAUUUUGAUAGUGUGCAAUGUGUGUUUUUAUUUUGUAUGUUGAAUAAACUUUGUGCUAUUCUUCUA